AUGCGGGGCCCAGGUGAGGGGUGAGGGGGGGUCCGGAGACUCGGAUCGUCACAUUAUAAUAACAAUAAAUUAAUAAUAUCAAAUAAUAUAAUAAUACAUUAAUAAUAAGAAUAAUAACUAGAAAAGUUACAAUUUCUGGCCAGCUCCCACUCUAGCUUUGCCAUUCAUUCCUAUGGGACAAAUUUCGCCACAAAAACGACGAUAUUCCGUGAACCAUUCGUCAAAACGUUCCACAAAGUAAUAGCAAUCCGAUCGGGAACAAUCUGCACGUUUUGGUAAUUUUUUGUCUAUGUAGUGUAAAAACUGUGGGAGGAGUUAGGGUGGCAAGUUUUGCUAUAAUAAUAAGAAUAAUAAUAAUAUAUAUGUGAGAUAACAAUAAGUGGUCUUGCUAUGCAACAACACUUUAUAAAGUCACAGAGCAAUGUGUGUCAUCAAAUACUAAAGUUUAAUAAUACCGGUAUUCUAUUCCUAGAGUAAUGUGUGUCAUCAAAUAUUAGAGUAUUGUAAUAAUAUAGUUACUGAACAAAAUAUACCCAUACUAGAAUAUUAUAAUAAUCUAAACUAACAAUCACAGAACACCCAGUGUUCCUUGGCAACUCCUUUUGCACCCCUCCUCUGGGCUGAAGUAGAACUUCGAGAGUUCUGGGGGCAGUCAGAUAGGACAGGUUGUUCACCGGAUUGAGGAGAAACAGGGAGAGUUCACCAAGAUCAAUGGCAGACUGGGAUCAGGAAAGCUGAAAGGGCUAAAGGGGCAUCUUAAGUUAAUUUAAAAUUGCAAAGAAGGAACAUGUGACUUGUAACACACCAACCAUUUAGAUGCAUUCCUUAACAGUACGAAUAAACACUUUUGUCUACUCUCUGACCAUUGGUGGUUUAGUAUCACCCACACAUUUACACCAAUAAAUCAGGAAGUGCCUUAGGUGAACUUUAAUAUUAUUCAAUCAUUGUUUUGUAUUGCAGGCAGCAAGUUAUGGGAAAUGUGUUUCUGUAGAAGCAUCUGGGAAAAACGAACUGAAGAAGGGAGCUUGUGCGAAGGAAUUCCAAGCUUUAAAGGACUGUUUCAGCAGAGCUGUAUGUGAUAACCACAGUCAGACCCAUGACAUGCCAAUAGUAAAAACAAACCAGGUCUAUUUCAAAUAUGAAGGGCAGUCAAAGACCUGUGAUGCACGUGUGGAAAAUGUACCCCCAGCUACAAUGUUAAGUCAGUCUCCCCUGGAGUUGAGGCAAAAUGCACCUGGUACUUGUUUAAAAACUGCAGGGAUUAAUUGACAAUUUAGGCACUGUAUCUGAUUAAUCACAUUCAAGUGGUUAUAGUGCCUGGAGUCCCCUGGGCUCUGUCCUUCUUCUCAGCGUUUAACCAUUUUUAAUGCAAAAUGAGUCAUCAGCAGUGCGUCCCUUCCGUGCAUCUUGGGCUAUUGAGGAAAAAUUAACCUGGCCAGCUGAGAGUAUCAGCUGACCACUUUCAGCCUAUCACAGCAGCUACUAUUGGUAUGGCGAGAAGGAAGUGUAUAAUCUCUGCCACCUUCAGUGGGGGCAGGAAUAUGGGAAGCUAGGUAUCCUCAUUCAGUGCUUGAAAAUGGUUUAACGCUGAAGGGAGAGACAGUACCAAUGGAAUGCAUUGUCUAAGAUUCGAUACAGUAUUCCUUUAACUGCCCACCAAGAAUUGAAAAUGGUAGUUUUAGGUUCGUGUUCCACCAGCUUUGACAAGCUAACAUACUUAAUCUGUAGGCUUCCUUAUGUACCCUAUCCCAAAGGAAGAGUUUAGGUUAGACACUGAAGAUUUCUAGAUGUGCUGGGUCUUGAAGGAAAUGAAGCCUAGCGAGCUUAAAGGGACACUCCAGGCACCCAGACCACUUCUGCCCAUUGGAGUGGUCUGGGUGCCAUCUCCCACUACUCUUAACCCUGCAAGUGUAAUUAGUGCAGUUUUUUUUUUUUUUUAAUAAACUGCAAUAAUUACCUUGCAGGGUUAACUCCAACUCCUGUAGACAGCCACUAGAGGGAACUUCCUGCAUCACCUGUGCUAUAUCGUCGCUGGACAUCCUCACACUGUGUGAAGACCUCCAGCGCCGCUCAUUUCCCCAUAUGGGGAGCUCUUAUGCGCUGCAAGGAGGAGCGGCGGACGUGGGACAUGUCGCUGUCUCUGGUAAGUAACUGGGGAUUGGGAGAGGGGACCUGCAGUGCCACAAAAUGUCAUCACGCUGUGUGAGGAUCUCCAGCGUCGCUCAUUUCCCCAUAGGAAAGCAUUUUUAAUGCUUUCCUAUGGGGAGCUCUAAUGCGCGGCAUUGCGCAUUAGGUCUCCCCGGCCGGUGGGCGGGAUGUCAGGAAGAGCGGCGGCGGAGGAAGAAGCAGCGACGUGGGACAUGUCGCUGUCUCUGGUAAGUAACGAAGGGGUUUUCACCUCUUCAGCAACCGGGGAUUGGGGGGUGGGAGGGAGAGGAGACCUGCAUUGCCAGGAAAACUGAUUGUUUGUUUUCUUGGCACUGGAGUUUCCCUUUUAAAGGAACACUAUAGCAGUAGGAGUAUGUGUAUUCUUAACCCUAUAGUACCUUAGUCACUGUUUAGGUGACUACGUUGUUCCUUAAUUUAAAUAAAUAUAUAUUUAUUCGUAUCCUGCUAAAUAAAGUUCAAUCCUAACUGCAGUGAACAGGAAAAAGUGCCAGCCUGCUUGAAGAUAAUAUUUUUAUACUGAUUAGACAAUUGUCAUCUCUGCCAUGAGGAGAGGAGCGACCCAAUAGUUAGCGCUGCUGUGACGAUUAUUUUGAAUUGUGCUUAGUGUUUUACUUUUGAAACUGUAAUGUGUAAUUGUGUUGUCUUCUUCCAGAUGAAGAGGAAUAUGAAGUAAUUCUGGAGAUUCCGGCCUGUGAGAUCGGGAUGUGUUAUUACUCCACACGACGCGUACAAACAAAAGAACAAUAA